AUGGAGGAGUGGAAAGAGGUGAGUAAAAACAUCCGUCAUUACUUAAACAAGAAGGGUAAAGGCAGCCAUGGAGGAGUUCCAGUAUCAGACAUUUUAGCUUUAAGUUACCAAGACUUGCCGUACCAUCUAAAGGCAUGCUUUUUGUAUUUGAGUCAUUUUCCUGAAGAUUAUGAUAUACGUGCAGAAAAAUUAGUUCAAAUGUGGAUGGCUGAAGGCAUUGUGUCAUCAUCAGUACCACCAGCACAAGUAGGAGAAAUGGAGGUAGAAAAGACAACGUUGGAUGUUGGAAUGAGUUAUUUAAGUGAGCUAGUACAAAGAUGCAUGGUUCAAAUCGAAUUAAAUGGGUUCAACAGAAGGAUUAGAGUUUGUCGCCUCCACGAUCUCAUGCGGGACUUAUGCUUGUUGAAAACUCAAGAGGAGAAUUUUCUAAAGGUUGUUCGCGUUGAAGCCUUUGAUAAUCAACAGCUCAAAUGGGAGAACUCUGCCUCAUCAUCUUCAUCGUCACCGUUGACUACAAUUCGUAGGCUUGUUGUGUACUAUUUGGGUGAUCAUGAUGAUGAGAACAAUAUAAGGCGAGAAUAUGUUGAUCUCCACGAAUUAUCUAAUCACGACCAACUCCGGUCAUGCAAAUUUUACAGCUUUGGAAACAAUUUGAAAAGUUCUAAUUGGGAACAGAUAAUAUCACUUCUCAAGGGCUUCAAGUUGCUUAGAAUUUUAGAUGUUGAAAGAAUGGAUAUCAAAGGGGAGAAUGGGAUGUUGCCGAGAGACAUAGGAAACCUAUUUCACUUGAGAUAUUUAAAUAUAAAAGAUUCUAAUAUUACAAGUGUGCCUUCUUCUAUAGGCAACUUGAGAUUCCUCCAAACCCUAGAUCUAAGGACAUAUGCAAAUCUAGAAAUACCCAAUGUCCUGUGGAGGUUGGAACAAUUGAGACAUCUAUAUCUUCCUGAACGAAUCGAGCUGACUGGUACAAGUAAGUUGCGAUUGGAUGGUUUGAGCAAAUUGGAGACACUAGAAGCCUUUGAUACAAAGUAUUGUGAUGUUAGAUACUUUCCCAAACUGACAAAUCUUCGAAAAGUUGAAGUUGGUUGGGUAGCCCCCGUAGACUUGGCAGUGAUCCUUAAAUCUCCAACCUCCUCAACAAUUCAAACUUCUCGAUUAGAGGAGAUUUCCGAACGGAAGAAGAGCAAAGCCUUUUAA